GAGACCGAGUUCUGUCAAGAAAGGAAGAACUGCGUCUUUUGCGCCACGGUGGUAAUCUACGCUUUGAACACUAAGAACGAUGAGCACGAGUCUUCGAUUCAAGCCCUCAAAGACGCUCAUGAAGAAGAAAUCCAGCAAAUUCUUGCAGAAACAAGAGAAAAAAUCUUGCAGUAUAAAAGCAAAGUGACAGAGGAGUUGGAUCUCCGGAGAAAGAUCCAAGUCUUGGAAGCGUCGCUGGAAGACCACAUCAAAAUGAAGCAGCAGGCUCUGACGGAAUUCGAGGCCUACAAGCACAGGGUGGAAGACAUGCAGCUCUGCGCGGAAGCCCAGCACGUGCAGCGCGUGGUGACCAUGUCACGGGAGGUGGAGGAGAUCCGGAGGAAGUUUGAAGAGCGCGUGCGGAGCUUCGGACAGCUCCAGGUGCAGUUCGAGAAGGACAAGCGGCUGGCCCUGGAAGACCUGCGGGCCGCACACAGGCGCGAGGUCCAGGAGCUGCUCAAGUCCCAGCAGGACCGCGGCGCCCCGGGGGACUCCGGGCCCGAGAAGGCCGAGGAGCUGCACCGGCGGGAGGUGGAGGCCCUGAACCAGACGCUCGAGGCGCUGAGGCUGGGGCAGAAGCAGCUGGCCGAGGACUGUGAGGCCAGGCUGCAGAAGGCCCAGUCCUUUUACGAGCGUGAGCUGGACACGUUGAAAAGGUCGCAGCUGUUCACGGCCGAGAGCCUGCAGGCGAGCAAGGAGAAGGAGGCUGAGCUUCGGAAAGAACUUCAGGGCCAGGAGGCCGUUCUCCGAAAAAGCGUGGGAAAGUUAAAGACAGAGUUACAGAUGGUUCAGGACGAAGCUGGGAGUCUCCUCGACAAGAGCCAGAAGCUCCAGGUGGCCCUGGCCGCUGCAGAGAACAAUGUUCAGGUUCUUCAGAAGCAGCUUGAUGAUGCCAAGGAGGGAGAAAUGGCCUUAUUAAGCAAGCACAAAGAAGUAGAAAGUGAGCUGGCAGCUGCCCGAGAACGCUUACAGCAGCAAGCCUCAGAUCUUGUCCUCAAAGCUAGUCAUAUUGGAAUGCUUCAAGCAACUCAAAUGACCCAAGAGGUUACGAUCAAAGAUUUAGAAUCAGAGAAAUCAAGAGCCAAUGAGCGAUUAUCUCAGCUUGAAGAGGAAAGAGCUUUUUUGCAAAGCAGAACUCAAAGUCUGGAUGAAGAGCAGAAGCAGCAGAUUCUGGAACUGGAGAAGAAAGUAAAUGAAGCAAAAAGAACUCAGCAAGAGUAUUACGAAAUGGAGCUUGAAAGCCUGCGGAAUAGAUUGGAAGAGGAGGUGGCUCGAUUAAACGAGGCGCAUUCUAAGACUUUGGAAGAAUUGGCUCGGAAGCACCACAUGGCAAUCGAGGCUGUCCACAGUAAUGCCACUAGGGAUAAGAGGAAGCUGCACACGGAGCUGGAAGAGCAAUAUAAGAAGGAGAAACUAACCCUGGAGGAGGAUAAAAGUCAGCUUCAGCAUGAGCUUGAGAGCCUGAAGGAAGAACUGGAAGACAAGCUGAACACAGCCAACCAAGAGAUCGGCCGCCUCCAAGACCUGGUCAGAGAAGGCGAGCAAGGCCUUGGCUCUGCAGAAGGACUUAUUGCCAGUCUUCAGGACUCCCAGGAAAGGCUCCAGAACGAGCUUGACUUGACCAAAGGCAGGCUGAAGGAGACCAAGGACACGCUCUUACGUGUGGAGGAUGAGCUAGAACAAGAAAGGCAACAACAUGAAGAAACGCUUGCUGCCAUGAAGGAAGAAGAGAAGCUCAGAGUAGACAGAAUGGCCCAUGACUUGGAGAUCAAGUGGACCGAGAAUCUUAGACAAGAAUGUUCUAGACUUCGUGAGGAGUUGAGGCUCCAGCAUGAAGAGGAUAAGAAGUCAGCGAUGUCUCAACUUUUGCAAUUAAAAGAGCGAGAGAAAAAUGCAGCCAGAGAUUCAUGGCAGAAGAAAGUAGAAGAUCUCUUAAACCAGCGGCACUCUCUGGGCGAAGCGCUGCAUAAAUCUAUCAACAACAUUUCCUUGCUGAAACAGAACCUAGAGAUACAGCUUUCCCAGUCUCAGACUUCUCUGCAGCAACUGCAAGUCCAGUUCACGCAAGAACGACAGCGGCUCACACAAGAGCUCGAAGAAUUAGAGGAGCAGCACCAACAAAGACACAAAUCCUUAAAAGAAGCACAUGUUCUUGCGUUUCACACCAUGGAAGAGGAAAAGGAAAAAGAACAAAGAGCACUUGAAGAUCAUUUACAACAAAAACAUUCUGCAGAACUUCAGUCAUUAAAAGAUGCCCACAGAGAGUCAAUGGAGGGCUUCCGGGUAGAAAUGGAACAGGAACUGCAGACACUUCGGUUUGAGUUAGAAGAUGAAGGAAAGGCCAUGCUUGCGUCAUUACGCUCAGAGCUAAACCAUCAACAUGCAGCUGCAAUUGAUUUGUUGCGGCAUAAUCACCAUCAAGAAUUGGCAGCUGCUAAAAUGGAAUUAGAAAGAAGCAUAGACAUCAGCAGAAGACAGAGUAAGGAGCACGUGUGUAGGAUAACAGAUCUACAAGAGGAACUAAGACAUAGAGAGCAUCACCUCUCCGACUUGGAUAAGGAGGUGCAGCACCUUCACGAGAAUAUAAGUGCCCUAACCAAGGAAUUGGAGUUUAAGGGGAAAGAAAUUCUCAGAAUACGAAGUGAAUCGAACCAACAGAUGAGGUUGCAUGAACAAGAUUUAAACAAGAGACUUGAAAAAGAGUUGGAUGUCAUGACAGCAGAUCACCUCAGAGAGAAAAAUAUCUUGCGGGCAGAUUUUAAUAAGACUAACGAGCUACUCAAGGAAAUAAACGCAGCUUUGCAAGUGUCGUAAG